UUUUUGACAAAAAGUGGGCAGAGAGACCUAAGGUUCAGGCUCGUCAAGAAUCAAGAGAAUCUGAGAGCGAAUCUGAAGCGGAUGAAAGUGAUCAUUUGAAGGCUUUGCAGAAACAUUUGGCUGCUUUAUCAAGCCAAAUUUCUCAGAUGCGAAAACCAUCCACAAAAUCAAAGGCUAAAAAGGCAGCAAAGAGUGCAAAGCCUAGUACAACUAAAAGUACUCCAGAUAGUAAUAAGUUGGUCGAAGAUGGAAAGAAAUCAUUAAAGCGUCCUCGAACUACUAAUAAACGUGAAGAGCAAGAAGGGCUGACAUCAGAACAAAAAACAGAUCUUAGUGAAAGGAUCGAACUUCUCUCUACAGAAAAAAUGAACGAACUCAUUCGUUUAAUCGAAGAGAGUGGUGCGCCUAUGGAGAGAGGAAGUGGCGGUUAUGAAAUAGAAAUUGAAGCACUUGAUUAUAAUACUGCCAAAAAGAUGUAUGAUUUUGUAUUGAGGCAUACAUCAAAAAAAGCUAAUUCGAAAAAAAGAGGGCCACCUUCUAAAAAACCUCGUACAAAUGCCAAUGAAAAAGAGCAAGAACAAAAAAUUCUAGCCUUAGAAAGAACCUUGGCUAAAUUUGAUCACAAAUCUCCAACACCGUCUCCCCAAGCUAAAUAUGGAAGUCAUUACAGUUCGGACGACGAUUCUUCAGACAGUCAGAGUUCUGAUUCAUCUGGUUCAGAAUCGGAAGAUUCAGGUAGCGAGACUGUUUAG